GUCGAUACUGCGAGUAGGUAUUCUCAAGGCCCAGCUACUAAGCAUCGCAUCUGAUGGAUCAACAUGUAGCUGCUACAAGACUACAAGACCUUCCAAGUACUGCCUACCGUCCCCCCCACAUUGCACCUUUUUCUCGCUGUCUGUCCCAGCCGCACUUCGUGUCUGGUGUCAGUCAACCCACGGUUACCUCCACGAGGACCCCCUCGUAUGUACUUGCUAGCCCGACCAACCUCGUACCAGCGCUAGCUCCAUCUUUCACAUCUACCCAGAACCCGUACCUCGCGCGGUACCAGGUACUUCCUUACUUGUGCCACACCACACCACCCUCCAUCUCAUCCAACAUUCAUCUCCUUCCGCCUCGGCCUCUUCCUUUUUCACUACCUUUCUUGCUUUCUUCUCUCCUCUCAACCUUCGCUAUUCCCCUCCUCUCCCGCUGUCAUCUGCGGCGAAAAUAGCUUCGCUGCUCACAUUCGUUUAGUACAUAUAAUUUUUUAGGGGAAAACCUACUCUGUCCCCUUCAGCAGCGGCCCCCGUUACACCCCCAGGAUAGCUUGCGGCUUGCCCAGUGCCAGGCCUGUCUGUGCUGCUACUUUCGUUUAUCUGGUGCAAUCUUCAGCCUCUUUUCGAUCCGGCCAAG